CUUCCUGCUUUAUUUGCAGUGUACAAGAAGCACCAUCCUCCUUCUCUUUCAGAUGAACUAUGGAGACUGGAAAAGAUUGGCAAGGAAGGAGCUUCCCAUCGACGUUUGAGCAAUGAAAGAGUCAACACAGUGAAAGAUUUUCUGACUCUCCUCUAUCUAGAUCCUACAAGGCUUCGGAAUGUUCUUGGGACAGGUAUGUCCACCAAAAUGUGGGAAGUCACGGUAGAACAUGCUCAAACAUGCUUACUUGACAAGAAAGUGUACUUGUACUACUCAUCUGGAUCUGUACAAAAAACUGGUGUGGUUUUUAACAUCGUUGGACAAGUGAUGGGGCUUCUUCCAGAGUGUCAGUUUGUUUCUGCUGAUAAGUUGUCCGAAACUCAAAAGGAUGAUGCUCGUAAUUUGGUGAUUUGUGCGUUCAGACACUGGGAAGAAGUAGUCUCUUUUGAGGAUGAGUCUUCUCUUAUGGAUUGGGUUAUGCAAAUUUCCGCUGUUCAAUUCUCCUCAAACUCAUCCAUGAUGGGCAGUUCAGAUGCCAAUGACAAUGUUUUAACUUCCCAGAAGAUUAGCAGAACCGACUAUCAGCAUUUAAGUGCAUCAACACUUGAUAUCAUGCCAUCCUUCUGUUCAAUUGCUGGUUUCAGCAGCUUGGAUGAUUAUGUCUUGCAUGGUAUAGACAACAUGGAUGUUAGGUUUGACCAACCGUUAAAUUUUCCCGGUCAAGACGCCGACUCCUUGAUGGCUGAUACUGAUUCUAUAACUCCACCAUUUUGUGAGGGUGAUCAUCUGCCUUUCUUCGACACUGACUAUUCCCUUCCCAGUCCAAACUUUGCACCAUCACCUGAUCUACAGUGUGCUGUCAACAGCUUUCUUGCUCGUAGUUCAAUUCUUCCCCCAGAUAAAGCUCAACGAAGAUGGAAGAUGCUAUUUAGUGUUCUAAGGUGGUUUUCAGUAAGGAGGAUUGUAAACAGAAGAACCAUCAUAUCUUGAACAGAAGUUCUCACUAUGCUGAGGCAAAAGAAUCUGUAGUAAAUUGCUGCCCGGUGCAAAAUUGUGUGCAGUAGUAGAGUCACUUAAAUUUCUUGUGGACAUAUGUGAAAUUGGGCAGUUAGCGC